AUGGCCGCCAUGAUCUCCCCUUUGCCGCCAAGGCUCGCAUACGCCUACCGGUAUCGCAGGAUGAAGCUAACCCCAGCCCCCGUCGACCUCCCCCCGCCUCCGCCCGGAGCCGACCCGCGUGAGCCUGAGCCAUCGUUCAGGCGCACGUCGCGCACGCCGCAGCGCGGUGCUGGUGCCCGCUCGCCGUUGUCUUCUCGUGCGUCAUCGCCCUGUCGUCCGCAGCGGGGAGAUAGCACCAGCCCUCCUCCACUCGUCGCGCCGACGGCCCGCAGCGCAUCGGCCGGUACAACUCUGAGCGUGCACGCGCCGGCGUCGCCCCUGAAGAACUCAUCGAGUUCGCACGCCCUUGGCCACGGAUACCCGCACGCUCUGCACCACCCGCAUGCCGGACACCCUCACCUGAGCCGCCCCGGCUCGCCGGCGAGUAUCCACUCGAGCGGCUCUGCAAUCUUUGAGCGCGACAUUGAGCUCCCCCUCGGCUCUCAGACGCUGAGCUCGAAGGCGUCGCGGAUAUUCCACCCGCACGGCUCGCAGCUCGAGCAGUCUGUUCCCGCCGUGCUCGACGAUGCGGUCGAGGCGCUCACGAAUGCGCCGGGCGAGAUCAACCUGAACGCGUUCGAGAUUGAGGCGCCGAGCGUCUCGAGCCACAUGCUCGGUUCUCGCUCGCCCUCUGCGCAGCUGUCGCCUCAGACCCGUUCGCGCGUUAUGAGCAUGGAGCGUCCGCGUGCCUCCCGCUCUCCGAGCCCGGAACGCAACAACCCGCUCUUAAACUCGCCCCCGAUCCUCGCCGCUCUCUCGACGCAGCUCCAGAACGUUGGCGGCGGCACGUCCAUCGCCGGCUCCGUGCCCACAUUAUCGAACAGCUCGGUCGCGAGCCCGGACCAGCCCCUGUCUCCGAUCAGCCCGAUCGAGCCGAUCGAGUCGCUCAGCAACUCGACCUCGCCAACGAAGCACCGCCCCGCGCCAUUGCGCAAGAUGUCGUCUGGCCCCCAGCUCCCCGGCGGCUGGGCAUUCACGGACGAGGACGCCGAGGGCGCGACGGCGGUGAAGGAGGCGCCGGCCCCUCCGGCAACGGCACCGAACAGCCCCCCGUCUCAUCAAGCGGCGGCGCCCGGCGCGCUCCUCACCCCAACGACGAGCAACACGGCGGCAGGCACAGCGACGGCAAAGGAGAAGCGCCGCAUCUCGUUCAUCUCGUACAACGACCUCCUCCUCGGCGUGCCCACGAGCGUCGCCUCGCUCGGCGAGAUUGCUAGCGGCAACCUCUCCCCCGACCAUCUGCCCGGAUUGCCGGGCACGCUGUCCCCGCCCCCUAUUGUGGCCGGGAACCCCACGCGCUCCCCCGUCAUUGGCGCGAGCGGCGCCGGCGCCAGCGCCAGCGUCGCGACGAGCCCCAGCAUGCCGAAUCGCGACAGUCUCAGCCCCCAGCCGCAGCUCGAGGGAGAGUGGAGCCGCGAGGGCCUGGGACGUGGACUCGAGCAGCGGCUCGAGGACCUCGUGCUGCUCGACUCGAAUAAGGCGUGA